UAGGAGUAUUACCAAACGAGCGCAAGUCAAGUACUCCGUAGGAGUCAACCAGUCGGCCAUUCACGCUGGCGCUUGUUCAUUCAUCUAUUUAUGGAGCCCCUGCCCACUGCAGUAUCAUUGUUGUAAGCUAUAGGAGCUCAGAUAGUCAGAUACACAAUCGCCUGUACGCACACACAGAAGCCACAGCCACCCGCCCAUCCACAGGCCAACGACGAUGAAGUUUGAGUAUCCCCGGCUUGUUCAUUCUGCUCAUCUUUUUCUCUGCCUUUCGUCGGUCUGCGGGAUCAUACUGCUGGCAACCGCGCAAGCACCGGCAGGCCCGCGUCCCGGUCCCGGCUGCCAGGCCAAGUGCGGUGACGUCGACAUCCCGUUCCCGUUCGGCAUCGGCAAGGAGUGCGCCUUGGACGGCUUUCAUCUCAUGUGCAACGACAGCAAGCCGUUCAAGGGGGAUUUCGAGGUGGUCAACUUCAACGUGCCUGACGGCAAGAUCAGGGUGAAGACGGCGAUCUCCUCGCAGUGCUAUAACACUACCACCAACGUUAUGCACUACUCCGAUGCAUCUUCGAUCUUCACUGAUUCAGUUUUCUGGGUAUCGGAAAAGGAAAACAAAAUUAUAGUUAUCGGGUGCAACACGCUGGCUUAUAUGAUAAGCUCCUCUUAUGUAAUAGGUUGUGUUUCGACAUGCGCCGAUAAGACUCCUGAAUCCCUAACAUGCUCUGGUGCCGGCUGCUGCCAAGCGGAUGUCCCAAAAGACAUACGUGAAUAUCGUGCCUUAUUCAACACAGACUACAACACCACUACCUACAGUGGCUGCGCCUACAUGGCUUUGAUGGAAGAAGCGGCUUUGAACUUCGACCCCAGUUUUGUCACUUCCGGUUCAACCAAGUUCAGUGACAAAAAUAAUGGUAAAGUUCCCGUUGUCCUAAAUUGGAAAAUUCAAAAUAUUACUUGCGACGUUGCUACGAAGAACACGAGUACCUACGCAUGUGUCAGCAGCAACAGUGCAUGUCUCAAUUCCACAAAUGAGCCAGGUUACCUUUGCAAGUGCUUGGAUGGGUACAGAGGCAACCCUUACAUCACAGAUGGAUGUCAAGAUAUUGAUGAGUGCCAUGAUGAAAAUGCUGAUCGUUGCCGAUUCGGGCUCUGCGAGAACACGCCGGGCAACUACACCUGCUCAUGCUACCCAGGAAAUUAUCUGAUGGGUGGAGUCUGCGUGCCUGCUGCUUCCAGUUUUCCGGAGAAGACUAUUGCAGGUACAACUGUUGGGCUCGUCAUCUUUGUGAUUGCUGUAGCAUGUGCGUGUCUGAUCCGCGAGAGAAGAAAGCUGCAGAACAUGAAACAGAACUACUUUCGGCAGCACGGUGGUCUCAUACUGUUUGAAGAGAUGAAGUCCAAGCAAGGCGUUACAUUCAAAAUAUUCACAGAAGAAGAACUGCAGCAAGCCACGAACAGGUUCAGUGAACAACAGGUCCUGGGUCAGGGGGGCCAUGGAACCGUGUACAAGGGACUUCUUAAGAGCGACGUGGAAGUAGCAGUCAAGAGAUGCACGACGAUUGAUGAGCAACAGAAGAAAGAAUUCGGCAGAGAAAUGCUGAUCUUAUCCCAGAUCAACCACAAAAACGUCGUGAAGCUCCUCGGUUGUUGCCUCGAAGUGCAAAUCCCCAUGCUGGUGUAUGAGUUCGUACCAAAUGGCACGCUCUUCGACCUCAUCCAUGGCAACCAUGGCGGGCACAUCUCCUUUGACACUCGCUUGGCGAUCGCUCAUGAGUCCGCCGACGCACUCGCCUACCUUCAUUCGUCAGCAUCGACGCCAAUCAUCCAUGGCGAUGUCAAGUCCUCCAACAUCCUCCUUGACAGUGACCAUGGAGCUAAAGUCUCCGACUUUGGCGCCUCCAUCCUGGCUCCAACUGAUAAGUCACAAUUUGUCACCAUUGUACAGGGGACGUGUGGGUACCUCGACCCGGAGUACAUGCAGACAUGCCUGUUGACAGAUAAAAGUGAUGUGUACAGCUUUGGGGUAGUUCUUCUGGAGCUGCUCACGGGCAAGAAGCCAUUCAAUUUCAACCCUGACGCCCCUGAGCACGAGAAGAGCCUAUCGAUGAUGUUUAUGUGUGCGAUGAAGGAGAAUAAGCUCGAGGAGGUCUUGGAUGAUCAGAUCAAGAACGAGGGCAACAUGGAGUUUCUUGAGGAGAUCGCGGAGCUAGCAAAGCAGUGCUUGGAUAUAUGCGGUGAGAACAGGCCAUCCAUGAAGGAAGUCGUGGAGAAGCUUGAUAGGGUGAGGAAGGUGAUGCAACACCCAUGGGCGCAGCAGAACCCUGAAGAGACGGAAAGCUUGCUUGGGGAGCGCUCAAACAUGGCCAGCUCAACGGGUAUCAGUGCUGAAUCUUUCAGCAUUGAGAUAAAAACCAUCAUGGGUAUGCAAUCAGGGCGUUAAGUAAUCACAUAGCAAUACAAAAACAGUGGCAUGGUGCUGAGGUUUACUAUGUAUCGAGUAGUACUAGUAUAUUGUAAGCGCAGCAAUCAAAAGAGAAGAUCGUUGGGCGUAGUAUGAACACUGCAAAGAAGAGAUUUCAGCACUAGCGCUGUUGCAUCUAACUCAACAACAGAGAUUCUUAUGAAGCUUGGAAUUUAUUGACUUCAGACAAAUAACUAGUGUCAUGCAUGCUGUGAAGCUCAUACACUAAUUUGAGCUAUUGUUAGAUUAGUAUUCUUGAGCUUAUGUAUGCUUGCUCUGCUGAAAGUUACAGGCAAACCAUGCAAGAUAUGUUACUCUGCACGUGUGUAAAGCAGAUUCUUUUGUCUGUAUGGCUGCAAGAUUUUUGAGCUAUUGUUAGAUUAGACUUCUUUCAGACUGCAAGAUUUUUUUAUUUGAUUACCUGGGAGCACCAAGUCUACUAAAUUCUGCUCUAUAGCAGUCCUUGCCUGAUCAUUGCACUGCUGCUGCUGUAUACUCUGUUGAUGUAUCUUUUCUUCCUAUCUUAAUAAAGAUCAGCCAUUGGCCCUUCAACUAAA